UUGAAAUGUUAAAAUAAAACGUAUACAAUGCUGCUCACUCCCCCUUUCGCAUCUCCUUGGGUACCAUGUUUGCCGAGGGUGCAUCCGUAGUUUGAGAGAAGAUAGACACAAUAAACUGGAGAAACUUAGCAGGUCAGGUAGCAUCUCUGGAGAAAAGGAAUAGAUGACGUUUUGGUUCAAGACCCUUCUGACUGAGAGUCAGGGGGAAAGGGGAACCAGAGAUAUAGAUGGCACAUAGACAAAUGAAUGAAAGAUAUGCAAAAAGCAAUGACGUUUGAUAGGUGGUUUUACUGAGAAAAAAAGAUUCCGCGGGAUUUUGCAGGAUUGAUGCUGAGAUGAUCUGUCUGAGGGUAGGGGUACACAUAACGAAGGAGCGGUUUCAGAAGUAGUUAGUCACCUAGAUAAAACAGUGGUGAUACUACUGUUCUCAGAGGGAAGUGAAUCUUUGGAUUUUUUUACUGUGGAGGUUCAAAGCUGAGAUGGUCAGUUUAAUUUGGAGAAAUCAGUGAUCACAGGGAUCAGACAGCAAAAUGGAAUAGCGACCCAGAUCAACCAUGUUGAAUACUAGGCAGACUCGAGACCUUUUUCCAGCUCUUCCUUAAUGUUCCUGUAUCUCAGAGAACCAGGCCCGUGAAGAAACUGUUACGUGUGCCAUGCCACGAUCCGUAAGCACAGCGCAGAACACAAAGUGCUGCAAGUACCUCAACAGGUCCGACAGCAUCUCUGGAAAACAUGGAUAAGCGACAUUUCGCGUCGGAACCCUUCUUCAGACCCGAACCGUUGCCUAUUCAUGUUCUCCACAGUUGUGUAGGAAGGAACUGCCCAAAGAUAAGAUACAAAAUGCUGGAGUAACUCAGCGGAACAGGCAGCAUCUCUGAGUUGCUCCAGCCCUUAGUUCUACGCAUGAUGUCAGCAUCUGUAGUUCCUUGUCUCUCCAUUAGGAUGCGGUGCAAUCCGGCGCUUCGGCCAAUUUUAGCUAGAUAACCCGCUGAAUGACUCCAACUAUUUGUGUUUAACUUGUGUCGGCAGGUUAAUGCCGUGGGCCUCUUCGGAUGUUCCCCGACCGUGAUGUUCACCGGGUGCAGCAAUUUAGCACCAGCGCAUUCGCCAGGACAGCACAUGGAACGCAGCCCGGGGAGCGCCUGCACGCACUGUCGCGUGGCAGCGCUGCGACCCCGUGACGUCAGUACGGCGGGAUCUGCUCUGUCCUUUCAUUGGAUGUGUGUUGCAGCGGCUGGUGAUUCCGGGUGCCGGUGAAGAAGCUGCAACGGAGUUGCUUGAUUUUCAACUAUACAGGCCUCUGAUAGCCACAGAUAUAGCAGUGAACUUGCUUACAAUAAGCGGUCAACCAGUUGGAAGUUUUAGUAGAAAAGAUGAAAUUAAUCUUCUCCAGCGUGGUGAAUGGAUGCCGUCACGGCAAAUUGAUUGAAGUAGGACGGAAAGGCAGUAAAAGCCUCGAUAUUCCUGGUUGCCUGCUUUAUACCCGGACAGGCACUGCUCCACAUCUAACCCAUGACACACUCAGCCUCAUAGAAGGAGUUCCUGAACCUGUGCAUCUGACAUUAUCAACGCUUGCUGAGCAUCACGAAGUUCUGGAAGAAUAUAAAGAAGGCAUUGGAAAAUUCAUAGGCAUGCCAGACUCGCUUAUUUACUGUGCUCAGAAUGACCCAGCUAGUCCAUGUCCAUCAGGAUACAACACAAACAAAACGGUUUCCGUGUGGGGCGGAGGUGGUCGAAUUGAGCUAACUUUGACAAAAUUCAUGGCAAUACAACAAGCCUUCAAACCUGACUGGUACCAUUGCAUGGCAGAUGGAGAGCCUCUUCCUCCAGGAUCGUCAAGGAAGAGGAUAAAUAAAUCAGUGGACCGAACUCUGGGCUUUCUGGAUGAAUGUCUCAAGGUGCAUCAGAAUUCGGAGGUGCUGAAGGACGCUGAAAUUUUUGGAGUCAUAGAAGGAGGAGACAUACUGGAGGAGAGGCUGAGGUCAGCCAGGGAGACCAUGAAGCGGCCAGUCGGAGGGUUCUUAUUGGAUGGUUUGCAGGGAGAGAGCAUGACUGAUGAUCUGAAACUGGAUUUAAUCUCCUCAGUCACAGGAGAGCUGCCUGUAGACAAACCAAGGUUGAUUCAUGGAAUUGGAAAGCCAGAUGAAGUGUUGGAGUGUGUAUCGAGAGGAGUGGACUUGUUUGAGGGUUUCUUUCCCUAUCAAGUGACUGAGCAGGGAAAAGCUCUGUCCUUCAAUUUUAAAUACAAGGUGGAUCCAGAGGCAGAAGAAAAGAGUCUUGCAGUGCCCUUGCACCAGGUACAAGACCAGCAGCUUUCAUCCACAUGUACCAGUGUGACCCAUGAACAAUGUGAGAAGAAUCAUAUUUUCGCAAUGCUGCACAGGAAUGGUUCUGGAGAUAAUGACAUCAGCAGUAAGACCUCCGACUGUGACGGAAAAGUGAAGGCUUUUUCGAUUGAUCUGAAAAAUGAACAGUUCCGAGAUGACUUCAGCCCUUUGGUGGAGGGUUGUCCGUGCUAUUGUUGCAAGAAUCACACGCGCGCCUACCUCUACCAUCUUCUACUGACUAAUGAGCUGUUGGCUGGAGUCCUUCUCAUGAUCCACAACCUUCACCACUACUUUGCAUUCUUCCAGUCUAUCCGUGAUGCUCUGAAAGAUGGCCACUUGAAAGACCUUAAAGAGCUCAUUGCAAAACAGAAAGUAUAACAGAAACAGUUGAUAGGACACAUGAUGGGUAUCCACCUGUAAGGUUUCUGGGCAGGCAUGGUGGCUGCAGCAAGUCAACUUGGAUCUACUCACAAUGUGAGUUUGUUAUUCCAACAUUUCAUUUUGUUAUGAUUAGAUCCUCAUAGUAUUCAGACUUGAGAUUUACUCUACGGUUAUGUAUCAUUAAUGUGACUGUAGGAACUGAAAAUAAGGUUUGAAAUCUGGGUGCUUUGGUUAAUUUAUGUUUUUCAUCUACUUUUUUAAAGAAACAAAUGCGUCUAUUAAGAAACAAUCUGAAAGCAUUGUACAAAUACAUUUGAUGUGAAGGGUUAGCUCUGAGAUGGCUCCGUCACUGUGGACUAAUUAACUCAUGAGACUUGCCGUGAUAGAUGAAUUUACUAAUUUCAUUCCAUACAGUUUUUAAGACUCCCAUCUAAUUAUGAGAGAGGUACAUAGAAAAUAGAAAUAGUUUUUAAUAGAAAAUAGAAAAUAGUUUUGAACUCCAGCUACUUUUUUAAAACUGAAUAUAGAAGGUAAGUAGCAGUAGCCCUCGGUACCUUAUUUUUCAUUGUAAUUGAUAAUGAAAAGUAAAUAAAAAAUUCACUCAGUGCCUGGAUAACUCCGUGGGUCAGGCAACAUGGAUAGGCAACUUUUUUGUUUGAUGAAGGGUCUGAAGAAGGGUGUCGACCCAAAACGUCACCCAUUCCUUCUCUCCAGAGAUCCUGCUUGUCCCACUGAGUUACUCCAGCUUUUUGUGUCUACGGUUUAAAAUCAGAGGCAGGAUCAGCUUGUGAAGCAUCUGACAAGCAAAUGUAGCAAUCGGUGGGUGAGCAGCCUUUCCGACCAAAGUAGGUGAAUGGAUGCUUUAAGCGAAUUAAGGUCCAGUUCUGGCUGCAGGAAUCCAAGAUAUGUUGGUGCCUGACGUACUUUAGAUCUGACGCUGCAUAACCAACUAAUUUUAUAAGGAUUAUUAAAACUCAAGAAGCACACACAAAGCAGUUAAGGUUGACUUUGCAAGACAGAAGGGCUAGAUUACUAUCCAUGGAUACACACACUUACUGUAGCCCUAGGAUUGUUCCCAUGGCCUCUGUUGUAUGUAACAUUUUGGGUAAGAAUUUUGAGCAGAAGUUGGAAUUCGCAUUCCAUCAAUUUUUAAUGCCAGUGUUUACUCAAGUCUUUUAAUAGUGUUAAUUCAGAGCAGUACUGGGUUAUUUAUUCCACAAUCAUUAACAGUGAGUUAUUUAUGAGGUUAUCAUUACUAAAAUUUAAAAGGUUGUACCUGUAUUACAUUUCAGCCUUUUGCUUUUUAAAUUAAGUCUGUGAUAACCAACAAAUGUCCAUUUUAUUUAAUGCAUUAAAAUUGCACCCGCGUCUGCAACAUUUAUGCAACUUUAUUUGUAAUGCAAAGGCACUUGAAAAAUGUACAAGUGUUAAAUUUUAUUAAAACAUGUUUCCAUUA